AUGGCAACAAAUAUGUGGGAUGAAGUCAUAGCAAUCAAGUUCAUUGAGGUAAAAAAUAUCGCUGAAGAGUCAUCAAAAAACUACGACCAAUGCAACGAAUUGCGGAGCCACUUGAUUUCAAUUUAUGAGGCCCUCGAUGCUCGUGCCUAUCACGUUAUUAGUGAUAAUCCAUUUGACGAGAAAAAUACCGAGAAUUUGAUACAAGCAUUAAAUGAAAGUCGCACUUUUCUAUUGAAUUUCCGGAAGCAGUGUAUUAGAGAUUUUUUAAAUAGUUUUAAGUUGGAUGAGAUUUCUAGUAAAUUCAAAGAACUGGUUGAAGCUUUGAUUCAAGCUCAAAUAAAAAUUUUACCUUAUAUGGAUGCGUUUAAAGAUCUUAAACUGAAUCCUAAAAACCACACUCAAAAACCUAAAUUACAAUUACCAACAUCAAAUCCAAUAGAAUUAUCUCCUCAGAGUCAGAUAUGCCACGAUAAUUUGGUACUUGGGAAAAAUAUUACAUAUGCAAGUAGACCUUCCUAUUGUGAAAAGAAAAUCGCUGUUGGAGAAGUAUAUUAUCAUUGCAGUAUAGUACUUGUUUUAUUCGCUCUGAUCAUUUGUGAUCGUUGCUUUACUGGAUCAAAUCACGUUGGACAUGAUGUUAGCAAAAUCAAGAAUUUCUGGCUGAGCGCAUGGUGUGACUGCGGUGACUAUUCCAUUAAUUGCAAAUAUCAUUCUCCUACUGAAACUAUUUGA